ACACAAGUACAAUUUGUGUAUAUGAGCUCUCUUAUUAUAAUUAUAUUAUUGUAUAUAUGUAUACAUAAUAUAUGUGUAUUUAUAAAUAUCUAUAUAUAUGAAGACGCGAAUUGCAUCAACUUAUGAAUUGUUACUUUACUUGUUACCGAGUUUAUGAGAAUUGUCACUGACAGUAACGACAGACACGCACACUCAGUUUUUUAUUUUUAUAUUUAUAUUUUCUUUGCUACGCCUGACAAACCGAAUAUGGGUUAUAAAAUAUUUAUGUAACACUUCUGGGUAUCAGCGCAGAUAAACUGGAGAUAAAAGUCUAUAAAAAUGUCGAUGAGAUUUUUGAGAGCGACGAGUUUAUUUAGGCGAGUAGUUCACUUUGAUAAUUUUAAACAAACAACCAGUCGGUUUAAGAGUUUAAGUUUAAGCUUGAGGAAUAAUCAGGAAAAAUUCAAAUUUCGGAGAAGUAAAUGGAAUUACGUUAUUGGAGGUGUAAGUUUAUUUGGUUUCAACUUCGGCAGCAAAGAUGAUGAGGAAAUAGAACCGGAAUUAAUUAUGACUAUAAAACGAUCAAUACUUCUAAUUCAGAAGGAGGAAUACAAAAAAGCUGAACAAAUGUUACACGUGGCACUCCGUCAAGCCCAGACGAUCAAUCACUACGAGGGUGUCACUUACGUGUACGACGUGAUGGCUAAUUUGGCUUUCCAAGUCGGCGAGAUUCAAAAAUCAAUUGAUCUUUUCAAAAUCGUGAUGCAGAGACUGCUGUCGACUGGUACUGAGCAGAAUGACACUAAGAUUAUCCACAUGAGUUUAAAGGUUGCCAAUCUUUAUCAACGUGCAGGAGACAAUAAAACAGCUGAAGAAGGAUAUAAAUUUUGUAUUGAAAAAAUCGAAGAGCACGCGGUUAAAAAUCCAACUGACGAAGAUAUCUUGGUACUGUGGGCGAUGAGUCGCGAUUGGUAUGCAAAUAUGCUUUUGUCUGAGUCACGUCUGAGUGAAGCAUUGGAGAAUUACCAGAAGUCUUAUCAGUUGUGUACGGAGAUUUACGGCAAAAAUCACGAACAAACGGUCAUAUUGUUGAAUGAUCUAGGUACUGUGUGCUGUCUUUUAGGACAGCAUGAUCGUGCUCUGGGAUAUUUGAACGAUGCUAUUGAAACAGGUAGCAAAUUACCAGAAUGCCCAGAACUGAGUUCAAUUUAUGUUAAUUUGGGUAAUGUUUACAUUAAAAAAUCUCUGUACAACGAAGCUAAAGUCGCGUGCUUCGAAGGAUUGAAACGCGCGAAAAAAAAUGAAGACCAAGAGUGCCGCGAUCAGGCGAAUUUAUGUUUAGCGGAAGUCAAAAAAUGUUUGAAUAGAUAAUAAAUUAAUUAUUAAUCAACAAGACAAAUUAAUUAAUUUAAUUUAUAAACUAUUUUGUACAGACUGUAACACAAGUUGACGUUAAUUUAUUACAGAAAGAGAAUUUUUUUUAAAGAAAUUCUGUUACUGUAAAAAACCUUGAUAUAAAAAAUAUAAGCCUGAGCAGUC